AUGAAUUUAUCCAAAUAUCCGAAUUUGGUGCAAAAGGAGAUACUCGACAACAUGAAUCAUAUCGGUAUACUUCUACUUUCCUUUGUCUCUAAAAACAUGAGAAAAUUGAUAAAAUCAUCCCAAAAGAAGAGAUUCGAAAGUAUCAGAUCAAUUGAGUAUAACUACAAUAGAAUGGAUGGGAAAACAAAUGUGUGUAUUCGCGAUGGACAUAAUUACAAAUUUCCGCUCGGAGUCAACGACCUGCUAUUGUCUAUGUUCAAACACGAUGGUUCCAAAAACUAUUGUUUUCAGUUGAACGUAUCUGGAAAGAUAAUUGGGUUUAAAUUAACCGAUUAUCACAAAUAUCCUGUAGCAUCAUAUCCGGAAUGUGAAAAAGAAUCCGUAAUUCAAUCGAUUCAUAACCACUUUCUGGAUGUCUUUAGAAAUUCGAUGGAGUAUUAUUGGCAGGCACGAUUAUGGCACUGGCCUCAAGAGGCUUUUAUUCCUUUUCUUCCAAAACUCAAAAACGUAUCAUUCUGUGUCGGUAUGUAUCUCGAUGGGGAUUUUGCGGACGUUAAAAACUUUGACAAGUUUUUCUCCUUGUCGCCUGUUUUGAAAACGAUUCAAUUGAGUGUGAAUGCGAAAACGGAACCAUUGAGUCCGGAAUCGAAAUUCUAUGAUACAGAAUCUAUUCAUAUACAUACACCCCAAUUCAACGGUCCGGAUUAUUUACGUCAUUUCCGGGGAAAACACAUUGGUUUGUACUGCAAUAGAUACGAGAAGUCAGAUUUGAUAGAUCUUGUGAAUAGAUGGAAAUCAGGAGAAGCGUUUCAAAAUCUGGAAUACUUAUGGAUUAGUGUUGUAUGUUAUGAAAACCGAUUUCCGAACCGAAUUCUGAAUGAAAUUGGAGCAAAAUAUAUUAAUGCAACCAAACAACCACCAACGCACACUGUGCUUCAACGGUAA